CAUUUAAUCCAUAGAUAGCAUUGCUUGCAUAUUUUCUGUUUUAGACGUUACUUCAUUGCGCUGCCGACUAUUGCGUUCAAAUUAUUUUAACCCAACAAGUGGCAGGUUGUGACAUUUUGCUCCUUAGAAAGCAAAGCAUUUUGAGUAAAAGCAGUUUAGUUUUUAGUUUUUACUUAUUUCAUAUCUACAAUCGGUUUAAGCAUGCCUAAAUUUAAACCAAACGCAUACGGCGAAUUUGUUUCGGAAUUUAGAAAAGCCAAAGCAUUGGAAAAUAUUUCUUACCCCACGUUUGACGCCGCUGCAAAAGACGCUGCACCUAUUUGGGAGACCAUGUCAGCAUCCGAAAAAGAAAAGUAUAAGCAUAUGGCACAGAGACAUAGGCAACAACUGGAAUCGAAUGUCUCUGUCAAUAAUAAUAACUCGAUUUAUAACAAAGGCAACAGUACUGUUUCCUCAAAGAAAACUUGUCAAGGAAAGCUUUUGGCAGAGGUAGAUUUUAAGGAACAGCGAAUACAGGAGUUUAUUAAAAAGAAAAAGCUGUAUACCCAGAAUUUAAUCAGAUCUUCACCAGCUCCUGCGCAAUUAGUUUUCAACAUAAUGCACACAGUUACAUAUAUUGUUGAUGAAAACCAAUAUUAUCAUGCAGAAGUGGCUCUAGUCAAAUUCAAUCUGAACUCAGGGAUUCAGUCGAUGGUUCAGAUGUUUAUUGAUCAUGAGGCUCUUCCAACUGGCUAUCUUCAUGAGGCUAAAAGCAGGCAAGAAAAAGAGCAUCGUAUUGUGCUGCCUCCGCAAUCUAGAAAAAUUCUUAAUACUAAGAGUUAUAGAACCGCAUUAAAUGAACUUACUCAGCUUAUGCAGGCUGAUGCUGAUGGUUUUUAUCACAUAUAUACCAAAGAAGAAGAUAUAAGACCAGUUGAAAACUUUUUUGAACGUGCUGCUCUGGAUAUGGGAGAACCCAACUUUGUUACUGGUUAUUUAAUUCAUGACUAUUUUGACUUAUACUUUAAUUUUGUGAAAAUGGCUUGCAAAGAUCAAGAAGCUGAUUCAGUUUAUCGAGCAUUAAUUAAAGAAACUAUUUCUUCAGAUCGAUAUGAUAUGAAAAAAAAUUUAUGUUGUGAGUACCAUGACGAAGUGGAUGCCUUAUCACAUUGUUCACUUUCAAAAGCUCGCAGAUGGACGCAUUACAUUUGUGAAGAUGUUUGUAAUAAACUUAACAUUUAUAUGAUCGAAGGGUUUCAUUUUCCAUUGGGGGUGAUGUUACACCAGGUUUUUCCUCAAGCUCAACAAUCAAAAGAGAAUCAUCAAGCACUUGUGCAUGCAAACAAAUCGUAUCCUCUUCCUACUUUCAAGCAUGGUGAUGUAAGAAAUUUAGAAUGGCAAAAACAACGAGUUUCAGGAAAGCGGGAGAAGCAUAGACAAGAUCAGAGGCAGAGACCUAUUAAUGGAUCUGCUACAACAUCUGCACCCAGACAAGGAGCUACUGCAUCAUGUACUAAAUUAAGCAGGGGUGGUGGUCCACAUAAAAGUUUUGUUAAAGAUAGAGAAAACAGUUCGAGCAGUGAUGAAUUGGACUUACCGCAUAAUGACAUUAAUUAUGCUAGAUUGAUUAAGCCAUGGGAAGCUGCAUUAUCUGCUAGAGAUGUGGAUCCAACAUUAAGAAAUGAAAGUACAGACGACGAAGGUAUUCAAUUAGCAGACGAAAUGCUAGAAGCGCUGGAUCUUACCCGAGAAGUACCAUUACGUAAUAAAUUCCCUAAGAGAAGAGUUAAAAUUGCUGCCAAUUUUGAUAGCAAGAUGGAUUAACACCUGUGAUAACAAAAACUUACCGUUUUGUUUUUAAUUGAAAGUUUAAAGCAAAAUACUAAUACAUACCUACUAUAAAAUACUUUAAAUGAUUAGUUUAUGCAGUAUUUUAGUUUAUUUGCAUUUUAUGUGCCGGAU